AUGUCAGUUAUUGAAGAAGAGAAAACACCAGAGAGAUCUCAAUUGACGGAUGAAAUAGUUGAAGAAAGGGAAGAAGAAUUAAGCGGAAGGGGAAAGGAAUUGGGAAAACCAGCAAACCCUAGUGGAGAGGGAACGAUGGCAGACCGAUUUGGAUAUAAUCAGAACAUGGCAGGAUGUGACCAAGCUUUGCAAUGCAACCAAAUUAGGGCUGGAGGAACAGCACGAAGACUGGAUCUAUCAGAAACAAAAAUGGAAGAAAACAAAAUACUGCAUCAGAAGUGGGCGGAAUUCGACCAAAGUAAGAAAAAAGCUGACAACGGAGGAGGAGGUCUACCCAAAAUUGCUGAAACCAGAGAAAGACUUCAAACUGGGAAGGAAUGGAGACAAGUACAAAAAGGGAAAGUUGUUGUAGUUAUGGAAGAAGACCAAUUAGCUCAAGGAACAACAGCAAAUCCCAUAGGAGGAACUAUAGUUGUGAAAGAAAGUGCAAUGCCAAAUGCAACUGAAGAAGUAACUAAACUGCAUAUGACCAGGUUUCAAGUGCUUGAUGAAGAGGAAGAGGCCAGCACAAGCAACAGCAAUGUAGUUGAGCCUGGGAAAAAAGUGGAAGGAAGCAUUAGACCAUUUCCCCCUAAUCUAGGUAAUCAAUGA